AUGGCGACCACCGACGAGGAAAAGCAGUCCAAGAUCCCCGGAUCCCCAGAGGUGGGCGACCUCGUCAGCACGCAUCUGGACGACAAUGCCGACGGUCUUCACCGACGCCUCAACAACCGCCAGAUUCAGCUCAUUGCCAUUGGCGGCUCCAUUGGCACCGCGCUGUUCGUCAGUAUCGGCAAUGGCCUCGCCCUCGGCGGCCCGGGCAGUCUGCUCCUGGCCUACACCAUCUACCCCCUGGUUCUUGCCUGUGUCAACAACUCGAUCGCUGAAAUGACCGUCCUCAUGCCCGUGUCCGGCGGUUUCAUCCGCCUGGCUGGCCACUGGGUCGACGACGCCUUCGGCUUCAUGGCCGGGUGGAACUUCUUCCUCUACGAGGCGCUGCUCAUUCCCUUUGAAAUCACGGCACUGAACCUCGUCCUCUCGUACUGGGAGCCCAAGAUGAAGGAACCCGGUCCGACCGCUGGCAUCUGCGCCGGAGUCAUCAUUGCUUAUGCUGCAAUCAACAUCCUUGCUGUACGUGGCUAUGGCGAAGCUGAAUUCUGGCUCUCGGGCGGAAAGGUCAUCCUGAUCUUCAUGCUCUUCUUCUUCACCUUUAUCACCAUGCUUGGCGGCAACCCCGAUCACGACCGAUAUGGUUUCCGUUACUGGAACCACCCCGGUGCAUUUGCCGAAUACCACACAAAGCACUCGCUAGGCCGGUUCGAGGGCUUCCUCGGCGCUCUGUGGAACGCCGCAUUUGCCGUGGUCGGACCCGAGUACAUUUCCAUGGUGGCUGCUGAAGCCAAGCGGCCCCGAAUCUACAUCAAGGCUGCCUUCAAGACCAUUUACUGGCGAUUUGGCAUCUUCUUCUUCGGCAGCGCCCUUUGCGUCGGCAUUGUCGUUCCCUACAACAACAAGAUUCUCCAGGAUAUCCUGAACGGCAACGCGUCGGCCGACAACGCUGCCGCCUCUCCCUACGUCAUUGCCAUGCAGAACAUGGGUAUCUCUGUGCUGCCUGACAUUGUCAACGCCCUCAUGUUCACAUCCAUCUUCUCGGCUGGCAACACGUACACCUAUUGUGCGACGCGGUCGCUCUACGGCUUGGCUCUGGAGGGUCGCGCGCCGGCCGUCCUGCGCAAGUGCUGGAGCAAUGGCGUGCCCAUCUAUUGCUUCCUUGUCGUCAUGUGCUUCCCGUUCCUGUCAUUCCUGCAGGUCGGCAACGGUUCCGCCAAGGUUCUCGACUGGCUGGUCAGCCUCAUCACUGCCGGUGGCAUCAUCGACUACCUCGUCAUGUCGGUGACCUUCAUCUUCUACUACCGCGCCUGCCAGGCACAGGGCAUCGACCGCAAGUCGCUGCCUUACUACGGAUGGGGCCAGCCCUACUGCGCCUACGUCGCGCUCUUCAUCCAGACUCUGGUCGUCAUCUUCUAUGGCUACGGAGCCUUCACGCCGUGGAGCGUUGACGGCUUCUUCCGUCACUACACGAUGCAGAUUCUCGCCCCGAUUCUCUUUAUCGGAUGGAAGCUGCUGAAGAAGACCAAGUUUGUCAAGCCUCUCGAGGCCGACCUCGUGUGGCAACGCCCCACCAUCGACCGGUACGAGGCGACGUUCACGCAGAAGCCUUCGGGCUUCUGGGAGGAGAUGCUCCGCCUCGUGGGCAUUGGCCGCAAGAAGAGAAAUCCGGACGAGCAGGUCAUGUAA